UCGGUGUUCAGUCUCUUGGCCAUUGCUAUCGAGCGACACCUGACCAUGCUGAAGAUGAAGCUUCACAACAAUGGUAAGACGUGCCGGGUCUUCAUGCUCAUCAGCACUGUGUGGUUCAUCGCUGCCAUCUUGGGCGGUUUACCAAUCAUGGGUUGGAACUGCAUCGAGAGCAUGAACAACUGCUCCACAGUUUUGCCACUCUACCACAAGACCUACAUCCUCUUCUGCACCACCGUAUUCAGUGUCAUCCUCAUGGCCAUUGUCAUCCUGUACGCCCGCAUCUACGCCCUGGUCCGCACACGGAGCCGCAAGCUGGUCUUCCGCAAGGUCGCCAAUGGCCGCUGCAGCAACAAGAGUUCGGAGAAGUCCAUGGCCCUCUUGAAGACCGUCAUCAUCGUGUUGAGCUGCUUCAUCGCGUGUUGGGCGCCGCUCUUCAUCCUGCUUCUGCUUGAUGUUGCCUGCCAGAUCCGCACUUGCCCGAUCCUCUACAAGGCUGAGUGGUUCUUGGCUCUGGCUGUGCUCAACUCCGCCAUGAACCCUCUGAUCUACACCCUGACCAGCAAUGAGAUGCGCCGGGCCUUCAUCAAGAUGCUCAACUGCUGCGUCUGCGACCAAGCGGCGGGCAAGUUCUCCAGGCCCAUC